UCGGCGUUGCGCCGUCUCACUGACUUGUGUCCAGCACGAGCCGAGGACCAGAGGGCGCCGCUCGCUCGCCCCUCUCCGAAAAUCCCCCAAAGAAUCCAGCUGCCGACUCGGCGCCCGGGGCUGGACGCUCGCUUCGGCGGGGGAGCUCUCCCGAAAAAGCCCUCCACCGCCACCGCCGAGCGGGCCAUAAGUACCGGGCAGCUCCUCCCUCAGGGGAGCACUGACCACAUGAGGGGCAACCCCGAUCUGUCCUUGUUCGACGGCCACUCCAUUGGACGCUAGCCCUUCGUCACGUGACAGCUUCCUCUCGCAGGUCCCCCGCGACGAAGACACGCAUCAGGGGGGAACCCACACCACCACGUUUCUUUCGCACCCCGAAUGAGUCUAAUUUGCCACUCGCUAAAGGGUUCUCGUUGACAGCGCGAGCUGCAGUUUUCAGACGUCUUCCUCAACGAAAUGACACCCAUGAAUCAGUACGCCCUCGAGAUGACCGCCAGCUUCGCUACCGGGGAAUUCUCGGCACAGCAGAAGGACCAGUAUCUGCAGCAGGAGAUGCAUCUCCGACUGCAUGACGUGGACAGCGGAGUGGUCGAUUUUCCGCAAAACAACUUCAUCGGGAUGCCUUGGAACGACCAUCAGCACCACUUGGCGAACCCCGGCUUCGGCCCUGACCCGUACCAGGACGAUGCGCGCUGCCGGGACGCGUACGGAACUUUCGCGGCUGACAUCAAGGAAGAAGUGGCGAACGUGCCAUACACGCCUUCUCCGUGGCAGUUCUCAACGUCCCCGUCGUCGACGUACCAACCGCCUUCGAGCCCCGAUCUCGGACACGCGACACGGACGACACCUGAGCCGCUGGACAGCUGGACUCCGUACGCUCCCACUGCCGUCGUCACCGCAGUUACGGGCUUUUCCGCCGAGAACUGCACCGACCACGCCGGAACCUACGCCGCCCAAGAAAGCGCCAGAGUUCCGGACCCCGACAACGGUGGUGUCGGUGUCUCUGAGGCGAUUGGCAAGACCGUGUUCCCGUGGAUGCAACACACGAGGCCCCCGAUCAAGUCCAGGGCGUCCCCGCUCCCAGAUCCUGCUGUCAACAGUGAUACCAACCCUCUCAAGCGACCCCGAACCGCCUACACGACCUCGCAGCUCCUCGAACUGGAGAAGGAAUUCCACUUCAACCGAUACCUGUGCCGACCCCGGCGCAUAGAGAUGGCCGCCUAUCUCAACCUCACGGAACGGCAGAUCAAAAUCUGGUUCCAGAACAGGCGGAUGAAGUUCAAGAAGGAGCAGCGUGCCAAGGGCAUCAAGACCGACGACGCGAUGGGGCUCACUGCCGGGGGAGCACCGUGCGACCUCACAUCUUCCCCCACCUCUUCGUCGUCGCCCGGCUCGCCGUCGCUCGGAGCCGUGACGCCGCGUCACAACUGUUUGGGCCACGCGUCCGUGUCGGCGGCCGUGCCCAGUGUACCGCUCACGCAGAGCCAAGACUCCGAUACGCGGUACCAGGACAAACCGGCGGAUAUACUCCGCCUUCCCACGUCGGGCGAGUACGGGAGGCAUGUUUGUUCGAGGCACUCUCACCCGGAAGGACACGCUGGGAAGAGGGUUUACAACGUCCCCUACUCUGGAGACAACAGCCUUCUCAGGCUCGCUCUCGCCGACCCGUUUUCGGAAGACGUCCGAAGUCAGUCCGUGCAGGGUUCCGCAAGCCUGCAGAGGUCCAUCGGCGUGAGGGAGUACUGGGAUCCCUCUCAGUCUAAUCCGUACAGUGUCAACCCGUUGCCCGUGAUCCACUGAAACUAUUGGUGCCUAUGGUGGUUGGAAAAAUUUGAAAGUGAAAAACUCGAGCUUCGUCGACGUCUCAGUUGCUCGACUCACGGACUUGUGUGAACAGUGAAAAGUGCAGAGCACCUUGAGAUUUGUUAACCCGUCCUGCUUUUGGAAGAACGAUUGUAAGGACAUGUGUGGAUACAUGAUACCACGGGCAUUUAUUGAUUGGCUGUUGAAAUUUAGUAAUGGUACUUGGUGUGAUGAGACAGGCAAUGUCGUCAUUAAAGCGAAAAACAGUUCAUCGAUGUCUCAGAUGCUCGACUCACGGGCUCGUGUGGAGAGUGAACAGUGCCGAACAACCCAAGAUAUGUUAACCCUUCCUGACGUUGUAAGAACGAUUAUAGGGGCAUGUGUGGAUACAUGAUACCACGUGGCCUUUUGUGAUCGGCUGUUGUAAUUUAGUGAUCACACUGAGUGUGGCGAAACAGGCUAUCUCGUCAAUGUCCUAUUUCGCGCGUGUUCAUUGAAUAGAUUACUCGACAUUAUCUUAUCUUAACCAAGGACCAUUCCACUGCAUUUUUGGGUAAAAACGGAACUGAGAAGUCAGGUGCCCAUUGUAAUGUUUGUUUUGUAUUGUGAUACGCACCUGGAACCAAUCAAACUUUAUGUCCAUGCUCAUAUUUUUUUUGCAGAUUCUAAGGCCGGAAAAGGUCGUUAGGGUGCACACUACGUUUCAGCAUUGUUAUUCCUUCAUGGUGAAAUGCAAACUAUGAUCAUGUUUCUUUUUUUUUUUACUCAAUCUGAGUUAAAGAAACGUUUUCGUGUCGAUAUACUUUUAUGAACCUUUUCCCAGGAGUCAUCUGAUAUAUUUGAAAGUAUAUUGAAUACACAGUUGCUCGAGGGAUUGAUAUACUUUAUCAGACAUCAGAACUGUUUUCAGUCGCAGUCUACGGUAUUUGUUUUUUGUAUAUAGUCAAUGCAUUUUUUUAUCAAGGCAAAGUUGGUAAUAACAGGGUAAGCAAAGACAUUAUUAUUUUGAUAUGUAUUUCCGACGAGGUGAUAUUAUUCAAGACACUUAUACUGCACCGUGAAAGCGUCGAGUCCAAUCUACUUGGUUGUUUUUGUCUAGUUGAUGGAGUGUUUGCAUUCGGAAUUUAUGGAUGGCGUAAAAAUGCUGCCUAUCACUUUUAACACCGAGACCAGCUAAGUACUAAUUUAACUUU